AUGGCCAGAGCGAAAAUUCUCCAGGACAUCGAUAGAGAGUUGGAACUUGUAGAAAGGGAAUCUUCCAAACUCAGGAAAAAACAGGCAGAACUAGAUGAAGAAGAAAAAGAAAUUGAUGCCAAAUUACGAUAUUUAGAAAUGGGCAUCAAUCGAAGAAAAGAAGCUUUGCUGAAGGAGAGAGAGAAACGGGAGCGAGCCUAUUUGCAGGGCGUAGCUGAGGAAAGAGAUUAUAUGUCAGACAGUGAAGUAAGCAACAUAAGGGAGACCAGAAUAGAUGCACAACGUGGGUUGGAGAGACCUAGAACUGCACCACAGCCUGAUUAUGAUCAGUUUCUCUUACCUCAGACCCAGUCACAGCCUCAGUAUGCAACUACUCCAAGCCAUUACACACAGUACCAGUACCCUACUCCUCCACUGACCCAAACCCAAACUCAAUACCAACAGCAAUCUCCUUACCAAGAACAGGCAUUAUACCAUCAGCAAGUUUCUCCCUAUCAAACCCCAGCUACCUAUCAGACUGUCCCCACAAUCACUUAUCAACAACAGCCCCCUCCUUCUCAGGCCCAGUCAACAGCCUAUCCACAUCCAUCCCAAAUGGUGCUGAUUCAACAGAAACCAAGGCAGACUACACUUGUUGACCUUGAACCAAAAAUAACCACAAACUAUGAGGUGAUCCAUAAUCAGUCUCUUCUGAUGGCUUCCACCUCUGCAGAUAGCACUUAUGCAGUUCCUCAUUUGGGCAGUAAGUACAGUAAUUUAGACCUGAGAAUAGGGUUGGAUGAGAGGGGAACUGUGACAGGUAGCCCAAUCUCAAGCCUUUCUGCAGAAUCCUAUUAUGCAGAUCUCGAGCAUCGUGCACCUCGGAACUAUGUUCUGAUUGAUGACAUUGGUGAACUCACUAAAGGAUCUAGUUCACUUGUGACUGGAUUUAACCUUCACGAUAUACAAAAACAAGUGCACAAGAAUGAGCGGCUACUUGGCACAAGUGAAGCACGCAGAACUGCAGACAUGAAAGAUUUUAUUGGGCCUUUGCAGAGCUCAACACGCUUACAGUCCUAUGGAAAAACAGAUGAAGAUGCCAUGGAGGAUCCUUAUGAAUUAAAGCUAUUGAAGCAACAAAUUAAACAAGAGUUUCGCAGAGGAGCUGAAGGCUUAGAACAUCUUUCUAGCCUUCCCCAAUACUACCAGGCAGAUAGCAGCUACAGGCACUUUCCAAAGUCUGAGAAGUAUAGUAUAAGCAGGCUGACUCUUGAAAAGCAAGCUGCAAAGCAAUUGCCACCAUCCAUCAUUUACCAAAAGCAAAGCAAACAUAAAAAACAGUUGCUGGACCCCAAAUUCUCCAAGUUCUCACCAAUUCAAGAAGCCAGAGAUGUGGAGCCUGACUUUACCAACUACAUGGGAACUACAUCAGCAGUAACCGGGGCUCCCUCUAGAGCAAGGCUUAUUCAAGAUGAUGUAACAUUUAGCCUAAGAAAAAAUAUUCGUGACCAGCAGAAGUUUCUUGGCCCAACUGUCAGAUCUACAUUCGAUGAUGAAAUUGACAAAGCAUACACCAGUGGAACUAGAUCCAGGCCCUCGUCCGUUUAUGGACUUGAUCUAACAAUUAAAAGAGACCCUUCCAGUACAUCAUUGCGCAUAAAAGGUCAGGAAAAUGAUCCAUUAGAUAUUGCCUAUGGACAGAGUACUCCUUCGGUACGAACAAAGCCGUCCAGUUUACCGAUUAGCCACAGCAGAGGAAGAAUUACCAUAGUCGCCCAGAAUUCGGAGGAAGAAAGCCCCUUAAGUCCUGUUGGACAGCCAAUGGGAAUGGCUCGAGCAGCAGCUGGCCCAUUGCCACCAAUAUCUGCUGAUACAAGGGAACAGUUUGGCUCGAGCCACUCUCUACCUGAAGUACAACAGCACAUGAGGGAGGAAUCACGGACACGUGGAUAUGACCGUGACAUAGCGUUUAUUAUGGAUGACUUCCAACAUGCCAUGUCAGACAGUGAAGCAUAUCAUCUGCGUCGUGAAGAAACAGAUUGGUUUGACAAGCCACGUGAGUCUCGCCUUGACGAUGCACCUGCCAUAAAUCGCAAACUUCCAGAGAAAUUAACCCACUCCAGACAAUCUCAACAACAAUCCACAGAAGUUGGUGGGAAGCUUGUUCAAUACAACUUCCCACAUUCUCGGAUCAGAAUUCAAAGGGAUCUAAAGGACCAGACAGUAUCAGGUAUCAUUGAAACCAUCGCUCUGGUGUCCACCUCCAUUCCAGUCCGUUUGCCAUUCAGUAAGGGAGUGACCCAGUGUUGUUUGAUGUCACCAGCAAUGGUACAGGAAUGGCUGUGUUUGACCUGCCAAACACAACGAGCUCUAAGUGGACAACUGGGAGAUCUUGGGAAAAUGCCACCUCCCCUUCCAAUUUCAUCAAAACCGAAGCAAACUGUUCCUGCUCAGUCUGGACCCAAGCAAUCUCAGAAAGAUCCAUCUUCCACAGGUUCUUCAAAACCUUCAGCAGAGCCACCAACUAUUCCUCAGCCAAAAGAAACACAGCCAGAAAAGGUAAGCCCCAUGAUAACUGCUUUAAAAGAAGCGGAGAAGAAGGAAAUGGCAUUGAAACCUGCUGCCAAAUCAGUAGAAGCUCCAAUUGUGGUCAAACAGGAGAAAACUUUGGAUCAGGAUUUGAACAUUACAAAACAAAAGCCUGCAACAGAUGAAGAAAAGAGACUUCCACCUGAACCAGUGGCAAAAGAAGAUGCUGUUCAACAAGUGGAAAAAACUACUGCACCAAAGAAAAUGGAACCAGAAAAUGAGAAAGAGGUAACAGAAAUAAAGACAGUAAAAUCUGAAGAUGUCCCACCUGAUACAGCAGUUCAAAAACAGCCUUCUGAAGUCAUGAAGGUGCAGAAUGAGCAGCUAAAAGCACCUGAUUUAGCACAGACUGACAAAGAAAAAGUUACAAUGGAAAAAGAGGAAGAAAAGUCAGACUCAUCAGCACUUCAGCAGCAGAAAAGUCCCCAGGGUCUGAGUGACACAGGCUAUUCCUCAGAUGGCAUAUCCAGUUCACUGGGUGAAAUUCCAACAAUCCUUCAAAGCGAAGCUAAAGACUUGCUCAAAGAACCGGCUCUGAAAGAUUCCAUUUCUCAGGAAUGUAGCCCUUCAAGUCCGUCAGAUCUUGCCAAGCUGGAAAGUACCGUUCUUUCAAUCUUAGAAGCUCAGGCAAAUACAGUGCAUCACGAGAAGUCAGGCCAACAUAAAGAUCCUUAUGGACUUUAUUCUGAUCAUGAAAGAGAGCGACACAGACCAAGAACCUUAUCAAUUACACCAGAGUCUUAUAGCUCGGAUGAAGAAGAUCUUGAAGAUAUUCAGGAAGAAGAUGAGGAAGCUUUGGAAGAUCAUGAUCAUGAAGAUAAAUUAGCUAGCAAAGACUAUAAUGAAAGUUAUGGCUCUCAGGGUGAUGAAGCAUCAAGGAGACAACGAUAUGAUUCUCUUGAAGACAGUAGUGAAAGUGAGCACUCACCUCAUCCUCAUAGGCAGAGGAAAGUCAGUAUUGGGUCAUCAAGCAGUGAUAGCCAAGGAUCUGGUGAUGAAGAAGACUUUAUUCGAAAACAAAUCAUUGAGAUGAGUGCAGAAGAAGAUGCAUCAGGUUCUGAAGAAGAUGAAUAUAUCAGGAGUCAGCUGAAAGAAUUAAGUGGGAAAGGACGCCCAGAGAACAAAGGGCUAACUGUUAAGCACAAACGUCUUUCAAAGCGAAGUAGCAGCAGUCACGAUGAUGAUCCAGGGAGGCGCCAUUCAUGGCACGAUGUAGAUGAUGAUGAUGAUGAUGAAGAAGUGUAUGAUGAGAGUCCUGAGGCUAAGUACAGAGAGACUAAAAGUCAAGACAAUGAAGAAUUGUCUCUUUCAGCUGGUGGAGGCCUUAGACGUUUUAAAACAAUAGAUUUGAACAGUACUAUUACAAAUAAAUACGCAGAAGAUGGUUCUGAGAUCAAAAAGGAUGGAUUGUACUACGAAGAAGAACCGGAGCUAGAGAUGGAAAGCUUAACUGAUUCACCCGAAGAUAGAUCAAGAGGUGAAGGCUCAUCUAGUCUGCAUGCCACAUCCAGUUUUACACCUGGUACUUCACCUACAUCAGUAUCAUCAUUGGAUGAAGACAGUGACAGUAGUCCGAGUCAUAAGAAGAUGCUUGGAGAGAGUAAACAGCAAAGAAAGGCAAGACACAGAUCACCUGGUCCUCUGUUGCCUACUAUUGAAGACUCUUCUGAAGAAGAAGAAUUGCGGGAGGAAGAAGAACUUCUGCGAGAACAAGAAAAACAGCGAGAGUUAGAACAGCAACAAAGAAAGAGUUCAACAAAGAAAUCAAAAAAAGAUAAAGAUGAGCUAAGAGCUCAGAGAAGACGGGAACAUCCGAAAACCCCGCCUAGUAAUCUCUCACCAAUUGAAGAUGCUUCACCAACAGAAGAGUUGCGACAAGCAGCAGAAAUGGAGGAGUUACAUCGCUCUUCAUGUUCUGAAUAUUCCCCCAGCAUUGAAUCUGAGCCAGAAGGUUUUGAAAUACAUCCAGAAAAAAUUAUAGAAGUACAGAAAGUUUAUAAAUUGCCUACAUCAGUGUCACUAUAUUCUCCUACAGAUGAGAAUGCAAGUCGCACUAUGCACGAAGUUGGUGCUAUUAAUCAGAAGUCUUUGAAAAGUGCAGAAGAAGCAUAUGAAGAGAUGAUGCAGAAAGCGAAAUUUCUUAAGAAUCAAAAAGAACCUGAUGAUGUAUUUGACAAGGAACCUUUAUAUGGGGGGAUGUUAAUCGAAGAUUAUAUCUAUGAGUCUCUAGUAGAAGAUAACUACAAUGAAACAAUGGAUAACCGUUUUCUUAAUACAGGACUGGAUACCAGCACUGGUUUGAUACAAGAAACUGAAAAGAAAUUAAGAAGCCCAGAUGAAAUUUAUGAAGAAAUAAUGAAGAAAAACACCAAUCUCAAUGAUGCACAAUGUUAUCAUUACAAUCUGCCUUUAGGUGUAAACCUUCAUCCACAUGAUUUGCCUUCCUCUGUUUCUGUUGCAAAAGAAACAUUUGUUACAUUUCCAUUGGAUGCCAGUGAAGCUUCUACAAAGAUUGAGAAACAGUUGUUAGAUGCUGAUGCUGCUUAUGAGGAGAUCAUGAAGCGACAAAGUGCAUUGCUGACUCCUGGCACCAGUCCAACUCAGCUGAGUUCUCCUGACUCCAUGUCUGCUGAGUCAGAGGCAACCAACAGCUCUUCAUUAACAAGUACAGCUGCUUCAGCUGGGGUGCACGACAAACUGUUAACCUCUUUGCCACUUUCUAGUACAAAGCCAGUUCAAAUUUCAUCAAUAAAUAGCACAAUGCAUGCUAUUCCUGAUGUCAAAAUUACCCAGCACUUUUCCAUGGAAGAUGACAUUGAUAUGGAAUAUGGAGAACAAUAUUGUGUAGAUAACAGAGGGAUGUCAUAUGAAACUGCUGAGAUUGUACAACACAGCAAACCAGGGACUACAGCCAGCAGUAUGGCAUCAACAUCGACUGUAACGUCCAAAGCUUUUGCAGUUGCCUCUACUAUCACCACAACUAUCAGCUCUCCAAUUUGCUCCACUGGGCCUGUUGGUGGAUCAAGGACAACAGAUUUUGUUGUCCUUAGUAUAACCACAAGCGAAGACAAUUACACUUCAACACAGACACCCAGAUCUACUGUCAAGACUACGAUGACUCCGUUAACUUCCACAACAGGAGGAAUGUCUCAAGUACAUCCCACUUCAACCACCAGUUCUUCUGGGUUAUCAGCUGGAUCUGACCAUGUACUGAUCUCAGUGCCUCCAAAUCUAGACAGUUCUGAUGUUCUCACUUCCACCGCAGUGACUCCAGUGGUGCCAGAAACUAGCCAUCUUUUAGAUAAGCAAUCUUCUCUGGAUAGUAUGUCUGAUAAAACUAUCGCUUUAGUGUCCAUGCCUCCAGCCUCAGUGCGGGUUGCUGUUUGUGAAUCCUUAGGGAUGACAGAUCCAACGUCAGUAGUUACAUUGCCUGUAUCAUUACCAGGAAAAGCGAAAAUUGCAACCACUUCAAGUCCAGCACCAGGGUUCUCUGUCUCAACAACACUUUCUCCUUCUGUGACCAUCACUGCCUCACAAGCACAAAUCACAACCAAGGGUCCUUUUCUUCCUUUUGAAAUGGGCUCACUCUUCAGUACAUCAUCAUUACAUUCUCCUACUCAUUCACCACUCCCUCCACCACCACCUCCACCACCCCCUCCUCCUUUACCUCCUCCAACCUUUCCAAAGCCAGUUAUCAUCCCAAAGAAAAGAUCCACAACUGAUGUAUCAAUCUGCAGAAUAAAUACUUUAGAUCAGAGCAGUUUAACAGCAACUGAUAAAAUAUUUCAUCCAAUGCCACCUCCUGUCCCUCCGAAGCCAGCCUCAAUUCCAUCAGCACUGGUUUUCACCACAAGACCAACAGAUGGAAUACGGCCCGCAAUUCCACCAAAGCCAUCAUUUCCUCAUCUUCCUAUUUCUGUGCAUAGACCAAGUGAAUCACAACAUAAAGCUUUAACCUCGGCUACAACUUUGUCUUUGACCUUGACUUCACCAGGAGAUCUCAAGUUGAUCUCUCCUACAUCUCCUAUCUCACCACAUUCAAAUAAAUCUUCUCCAAAGUUAACUAUGCAUUCCCAAGCUACGUAUGUAGUAAUCACUCUGCCAUCUGAACCCGGUACUCCCACAGAACCUGUCACCUGCCAAGCAUCUUCCAUCCAAUCAUCAGUAUCCCCUUCAAAACAACAUGGUCUAUCAAGUCUACCACCGGCCAUAUCCUUGGCUCACUUUACCAAAUCUUUGGAAGCUCAGAAAAUAGUUGAAAAGGGAAAAACUGAGACAGUUUAUUUUUACCAAAGUUUGGCACGGGGCGUUGUAUCAACAGUGGAACAUGAAAUGUCAGCAGAAGUCUCACAGCCACCAAUUUCGAUGCUGUAUGACAAAGUGCCUGGUAGGGGCACAGUUAGUGUCGCUAUUACCAUACCUCCUGAAAGAAAAUCUUCUGAGCUUCCACAAUUUCCAGAAAAUGGGAGAACACUAGAGCAUAUGGCACAGUUCACAAGUGAUGUAAUUGACCUUCGUACUUUGUCAAAUUUAGAUGUAGAUAUGACAGAUAAUGGGAUGGAUUUGUCUACUUUCUCUGCAGAUGGAGGAAGACAUGCUUUAGUCAUUGAUUCUAGUGGCAUACGUCAUCUCAGUGCAAUUCAGCCUGCCAUUAUCAAUCUAAGUAAAACUGAACCAGAUGAACAAAUUUCAGUUUCAACACUGGCAAUGUCUGCAGGAAGAAUGACUGUAGUUACCUGUACAGGUAGCACCACUUUUACUGCAACCACUGACACUUUGGAAGGGCCCAUGGACCUUGGCCAUUCUGUCCCUAUACCACUUCCACUAAUGACCAAGGUUGAUGAAGCAACAUGCAGUGUUGCUCACUGUCAGUCCCCAGCCACAGGCACAGUAGAAGUUCCAAUUAACCUGACCUGUACUACCGCUACUUCCAUUUCAGGUUGGCCUAACACUAAACCAGUGACCAAAGCUCCUGGUAGCACAAUAAAUGGAUGGACAGAUGUGGAACCUGCCGAAGUUGAAGCAGUUGAUUUAAGCACCACAAAACCCCAUCGAAUGAUGGUGUCAGUGGAUGAAUUAACAACUGGAAUUGUUACUACAAUUGUAGAGGAGGAAGACAAGCCUGUGGAUCUCACUGCAGGAAGACGCAAUGUUUGCUGUGAUAUGGUUUACAAAUUUCCAUUUGGUCGCAGUUGUUCAUCAUUGACACAGCAACCUGCUUCCACCCUCCCUGAAGAUCGUUAUGGGUACAGAGAUGAUCACUAUUCAUAUGGCCAUGGUGCAACCCAUGGCUACAGAGGAUUUGGGAGCAUGAAGCCUUCCAUGUCUGAUACCAACUUGGCUGAAGCUGGUCUGUUUCUGUACAAAAGCAAGCAUAGCUUUGACUAUUGCAGUAGUAGCACUGAUGCAGCCAUGGAUCUUACUGCAGGAAAACUGACAGCAGGUGAAUUAAUGGAUUAUUCUGCAGUUUGUACUCAGCCUCAAGAUCACCUCAGCAAGGGAACUUUGAGUUACCCAGAGACACAUCAAGUGAUUACAGACUCUGGCAUGUCACAGUAUUCUCAAGCAAGAAUAACACCAACUAUUGGAAGCCACUAUGGCAUGCAAAGUGUUUUACGUUCGUCUGGUGGUGUUGUAUAUUCUUCUGUGGCGUCUCCAAUUCCAUCCACUUUUGCAAUUACUACACAACCAGGUUCAAUAUUCAGCACUUCUCUUAGUCUCCAUAGUAGUGAUACAAUGCCUUCACUAUCAGUAUUGCAGCAUAUUCAGCCAAUGCCCAAGUCUUCCAGUUGCUUAACAACAGCUGAUACAGGAAGAGAGAUAGGUGCUGGGGCUUCUCCAGGUUUAGAUACAUCUGUGCUUAUGCCUAACCUGACAAGAAUUUCAACAACGUACCACGACACAUCAUCUGAGGUCAAUUUUAUACCGACUGAAACCGAUUACAUGCAGAAACACAGUAUUGAAUCUGUAGUGGCUCCCAAGCUCUCACCGGUGACUUCACCUGUAUCUGAGGAAAAUAAACAUCUGUUAAUAGAAAGAGAAAUGUUGGAGUUUGAGAAGAUGAAGCAGAUACGUUUAGCUGAGGAGCUGGAACGUGAACGACAUGAGAUCCAGAUAUUUCGAGAACAAGAAAAGCUUAUUGUUCAGCGAGAACUUCAGGAAUUGCAAACAAUGAAGCAGCAACUCCUGUAUCAGCAAGAGGAAGAGCGGCAAGCUCAGUUUAUGAUACAGCAAGAGACAAUAGCGCAGCAGCAGAUGCAGCUUGAACAAAUACAGCAACUACAGCAGCAACUACAGCAGCAGCUUGAGGAGCAAAAGAUUCGACAAAUAUAUCAGUACACGUAUGAUCCUUCUGGUUCAACCACACCUCAGACAACAACAGAUCAAGUAAUGAUAGAAUCCCAGUAUACAACAGCCGAAAAUGGUCAGUUCUGGCAUGGUCAGGAUAUUAGUACAACAGCUCCAGCCAUGAUGGGCCAGGAACCACAGCCAUGGUAUACUGCUCAGUCAGAAGGCAUCCCUCAGCAUCUGCCUCAGUCUUGCAUGCUGAGCUCAGUGUCAGAAAUGUCUUUGAAAGACAUUGAUGCCAGAGAGGGAAGAGCACUUAGAAAGAGGAGUUCCAUGCCCAGGUUGGGAGGUCAAUAUGGUGAUGAUCUUGAUGGAAAAAUGCAGGAUCUAAGGUCAUACAAAAAGAUAGUUGACAGUGGAGUCCAAACUGAUGAUGAGGAAGGGACAGAAAGAUGCUACACUAGUAGAAGAAGAAGAACUAAGAAGAGUGUGGAUAGCAGUGUUCAGACUGAUGAUGAAGAUAAUCAGGAGGACUGGGACAUUCCCAUCAGAAGACGAAAGUCUCGUGUUGGGAAAUACACUGAUGGUGGACCAGAGCUAGAGAAAGCAAAACGGCCACAUUUUGCAAAACUCUCUAAUAUUGCUAUGCAGACUGUAGCUGAGAUUUCUGUUCAAACUGAACCUGAGGGAAUCAUACGAACACCUUCCAUAAGGGCUCAAGUUGAAUCGAAGAUAGAAAUUAUAAAGCACAUUUCAGCUCCAGAGAAAACAUACAAAGGUGAAAGCUUAGGUUGCCAGACUGAAACAGAUUCAGAUGGACAAAGUCCCCAAUACCUGACUCAUAAGGUCAUUACAGUUGUAUCUCCACAAAAAACUGAUAAAAAGCGUCCAACGCCAUUAGAGAUUGGCUAUUCAAAUCACCUUCGAGCAGAUUCUGCCUUCCAAGUUGUUCCAUCCCCACCGAAAUCUCCGAAAGUUUUAUACUCACCAAUCUCACCAAUGACCCCAAACAAAGAACUGGAGACAGCAUUUGUGCCCUAUGAGAAAUCCCCUUCAGUUGACAAAACCUCGCAGAAACUAAUGGCUCUUGAACCACCAAAAAGUCAGCCUCUAAGCCCUCGGACUAUCAAAGUUAUUCAGCGAUCCAUGUCUGAUCCAAAACCACUGAGUCCUACAGCGGAAGAAAGCUCUAGGUUACAUUUCCAGUAUAAUGACAGCUACUUGAGACACUUCAGUACGUCUUCUCCAUUAGAGGACAGUCCAGAGGCAGAGAGCCUGAAAAGAGGAGGCAUGCAUCAUUUCCCACGCUCCCCAUGUUUUAGCCAUGUACAAGUUUCUAAAUUAACUUUAGGUAGGAAGAGAGAGGGUGUUCAAGCUUGUAAGGUUAUGUACUCCAUUUACUUGAAUAUUGACUUCAAGGCUAUGGGCCAAGUGCUGGAAAAUGGAAAUGGAUUGGGAAUCAGGAUUAUUGGUGGGAAAGAGAUUCCAGGACGAAAUGGGGAAAUUGGUGCUUACGUCGCCAAGAUCUUUCCUGGGGGACAUGCAGAGCAAUCAGGAGAACUCACGGAAGGAAUGCAAGUUCUUGAAUGGAAUGGAAUUCCUUUGACUGGUAAAACUUAUGAAGAGGUUCAAGGCAUUAUUGGUGUUCCGAUUGGGGAAGCUGAAAUAUGUGUAAGACUGGACCUCAACAUGCUAUCGGAUUUAGAGAGCCUCCAGCAUUUGGAAUUGCACUCCCAAGCAAAGGCUGGAGAAAAGCAAAAGUCCCCAGGAGUUGACCCGAAACAGCUGGCUGCAGAACUACAGAAGGUGUCCCAGGAGGCACCCUCUGUCGUUACCUCAGCCACAGAGAAAGGAGCCCACAGCCAUUCAGGAACCACAUCAGCCACUUCAAGUGCUGCCCCCAGCCCCGGACAACCUGGUUCACCUGCAGUUAGUAAAAAGCGACACAGCAGUAAGCCUCCUGAAACAGCAAGUAAAUCACAUCCAAUUACUGGCGAAAUUCAGUUACAAAUGAACUAUGACAAGCACAUUGGAAAUCUCAUUGUUCAUGUUCUACAAGCUCGGAACCUUGCUCCAAGAGACAACAAUGGUUAUUCAGAUCCAUUUGUUAAGGUUUAUCUUCUUCCAGGCAGAGGCCAAGUUAUGGUUGUCCAGAAUGCAAGCGUAGAGAACAAACGCAGAACUAAGCAUGUACAGAAAAGCCUCAAUCCCGAAUGGAACCAAACUGUGAUUUACAAAAGCAUCUCAAUGGAGCAGCUCAAAAAGAAGACCCUGGAAGUCACCGUUUGGGAUUACGAUCGGCUCUCUUCCAAUGACUUCCUUGGUGAAGGAAGUGAGGGUGAUUUAGUCAAGUUGAAAAUGCACGUGGCCACCAUUGAGAAAUCCCAGAGCAGUCCUGCCAGCUCAAAAUCUUCUUCAGAAGGACAUUUACGUUCUCAUGGGCCAUCUCGAAGUCAAAGCAAAACCAGUGUCACUCAGACACAUCUGGAAGACGCUGGGGCCGCCAUUGCUGCAGCAGAAGCAGCCGUGCAGCAGCUCCGACUCCAGCCAACACAUAAAAGCGGUCAGGCUCAGAGUCAUGCCAGGAAGCACAGACACAGCAUUGCAGGCGUCCCUAUUCAAAGAACUCAGUCUGACAAUCUGCCUUCACCAGCCAAUGAGAACAAAGACCAAAGCCAACUCGCCAUAAGGAAGGUGAUGUCAGAAGGGUCACCCAAGUCUGAAGGAGAUCCUGGCUCUGGGAUUUUACCAGCAGCUGUCAUCAUGUUUAAUCUUACACCUUAA